AACAACACAACCAGGCUGCCGGUGAUAACUUUUCUACAAAUGACGUACAUUAUACAUUUGACUUCAGUCAGUAUGUUAAGUUACCACACCAUGCACAAGAAAAGGGACCCACAUUUUUCAUUCAGCCGAGAAAAGUGCAGAUAGGAGUUUCAAUCUAACUAUGCUAAUUAUUUAUUUUUCAUGUAUGCAUUGUAAACUUUUUUGUUUCUUUUACAAUUACUAUAAACGUGAAAAUUACCUGUUAGUACCAUAGUUAAUAUAAAUUUUCUUUCCGUUUUCAAAAUCUAUACUUUGAAUAAUUUUUCUAUGCAGUAAAUGUGUACAUGCUGUAUCUUUCAGAUAUUUGGUUUCCGAGCCGAUGGCUACAAACAGUACAACUAUCUCAUAGAUGAGGACCAAACAAUUGGACAAGAUGGCACACUUGUACAUGGACAAGACUCGGUCAUCUCAAUGCUAGACCAUGCCUUCAACUCGUUCGGUACUGGAGAAAGUGAUUGUGGGAUUCACGCAGAUAAUUGUUUUGGUCAGAAUAAGAAUAGAUACGUACUAGCCUACUUGUCAUGGCGUACGAUGAUUGGAUCACAUAGAAAUAUCAAAUACAUGAUGCAGUUACCAGGACAUACAAGGUGCUUGAUCGACGCGGGAUUUGGAACGAUAAAGAAGUUGUAUCGGCGUUCAAAUUGUGAUACUCUCCAACACGUGACGGAAGUAGUACUGAAGUCAGCACACAGUAAUGUUCCCGUUACUUAUGGUGAAUGGAUGUGGAAAGGCUGGAAGGUGUUCCUCGCAGACAGAUUCAAAAAAGUGCCGAACAUCUCAAAAUAUCACCACUUCCGUUUCACGUCACUCGAACCCGGUAUAGUUUACAUGAAGGUAGCUGCAGAUGAUACUAAUGAAAUACGAUUUGUAAUUUGUAAGACGAACUAUCUACAAAUGGAUAGAAAUGACCUUCCAUCUGUCAUACAUCCUGCAGGAUUAAGCCGGGAACGUCAGACGUACUUGUACCGUCAUGUCAGACCACUUGUGAGACGCCUAUUCCAAGAUGUUCUUUGCCCAGUUCCCCCGUCAAGCGAUGGGCAGUGA